AUGGGCUUCGAACAAUGUCGAGCAGACACAUGUCUUUUUGUUCGACGCAAUAAUGCAAAAAAUAAACCACCCACAUACACAGUCUUGUAUGUGGGCGACCUCCUUAUUGGAUGCAAGUCAAAUGCAGAGGCGGACGAUUUCAAAGAAAUGUCAGAGCAUUUUAUUGUCAAGUCAAUUGGAGCUGCGCGGUUUAAUUUGGGCAUGGAAGUGAACUACUCACAGGAAAAGGGGGAUUUGGACCUAAAUCCGGAUAAAUUACCUUCAGUUGUUAAGGACAUCACUUCGUUUCAAAAUUUGGUCAGCUCGCUGUUGUAUAUUGCGAAUACCACGCAACUUAACAUACGCUACGCGAUGUCAGUAUUAUCACAGUACUUGGACCAGCCACGACGAAUACACUGGCUGCGGCUUUACGCGUUUAAAACUAUCUCAUGGAAACGAAAUCAAACGGAAUUACGCAUAAGAGAUCGGACGACAAAAAGAUGA